UAAGCGCAGGUUGUUUGUCUCACCUGAGCAGUGAAGCAGCGUCACACCCUGAUUUUCAGUGCGCGAGAACUUUCCAGGAACAGAGAAUGUCUUGGAAGCCGAAUGGGAGUCCGCCGCCCUAUGAUUAUGAACACACUGAUAAUGGAUACAAUGCUGCAUCCCAGCCUGCAUACUCGUACUACCCCGACGAUGAGUUCCAGCAUUUCUACCGCUGGACGUCUCCACCGGGCAUCAUAAAGAUCAUGUGUGUGAUCUCUGUUAUCUGCAGUGUGGGCAUCUUCGUCUGCGUGGCCUCCACUCUGGCCUGGGAUACGAACGCGGGAGCGGCUGGAUUCGGAUCAUAUGGAUACGGAACUGGCUAUGGAAUGGGAGGAUACGGCGGGGGCUACGGUUAUGGUAUCCUUGGCUCUCAAAACGACCCCAGGCAAGGCAAGGGCUUCAUGAUCGCCAUGGCGAUCAUCGCCUUCAUCGCUCUGCUUGUCAUCUUCAUCAUGAUCAUCUCCCACCAGAAGAUGACCCAGGGCAGGAAGUUCUACCUGGCUGUCAUUAUCAUCAGCGGCAUUAUGGGAUUUUUAAUGUUGAUCGCCACCAUUGUCUACCUGGUGACAGUGUACCCUAUGGCCCAGUCAUCCGGGUCUAUGCAGUUUAAUCAAGUGUAUGCCAUGUGUGCGCAAUACACGCAGCCUCAGAUGUCCAGUACAUUUGUGAACCAGUACCUGUAUCACUACUGCGUUGUGGAUCCUCAGGAGGCAAUCGCUCUUGUUUUGGGCUUCAUCGUCACCGCAGCCCUCAUCAUCAUCAUGGUCUUCGCCAUCAAGUCCCGUCAACGGAUCAAUUAUCACGGGAAAGAAAACAUCCUGUGGAGGCACGUGAAAGAGAUCGGAGACCCCAACCCACCCCAGGAUGUGGAGGAUUGGGUGAGCAAAUUCCUCGAAGAACCAUUUUUAUCGCUCUUUCAGUGGUCAGACCUGUUUGACAGUGUUGUGAUUGUGUUUUAUGGGGGAGGGCAGCUCUUGACGUUGGUAAAUAAUGUCAAUGAAGUUCCUGGUCCACUGUUGACUGACUAUCCAGUGAAGUUCAGCGGUUCUAGAAAUGAUCAGGACGACAACAGCACAAAUUAUGACAAACCCCCUCACAGUGAAAGCCCUGUAGAAGUUCAUCGUGAACUCCCCGUCCGCAGUUCAGCUCCUCCAAGCAGCGCGUCAGAUAUUACCAGCUCUGCCGGACAACCCAAGAAACGGCGUGCUAGACGACCACGAACCGCCGAAGGACGGGAAUACGAGACGGACUACAACUCCUCUGGAGAUGAGCUGGACGAUGACGAUUUCUACAGUGAAUUCCCUCCAAUUGCUAAUAAUGAAGAGCGAGAAGACUACAAGCGUCUGUUUGACAAAGACCAUCAGGAGUACAAGGACCUCCAAGCAGAACUGGACCAGAUCAACAAGCGUUUGGCUGAAGUGGACCGUGAACUCGAUGACCUCCAGGAGGGCAGCGCACAAUUCCUGGAUGCCAUGGACGAGUACAACGGACUAAAGGACAAAAAGAGGAGUGCCGAUUACCAAGUGAAAAAGAAGAGAUGCAAAUAUCUGAAAGUGAAACUGAACCACAUCAAAAAGAUGGUGAGCGAUUACAGCCGGAGUCCCUGA